AUGGGAAUUCUCGGAGAAGAGGUGAGCGUCGUGAUGAGGCCGCUGCUGCACCUGCUGGUGGGGAUGGUGCUGUACGAAGCGGCGGUGCCGGCGCUCGUCGACAAGAUCACCGCCGCGCUCUGCCCCGCCGACAGCAGUGAAUCACUUAGGCGAAUAGUAUAUGUUGACUUCUUCAAUAAAUUGGGCAUGAGUGGAAUUAUUGAUGUUCGAUUGAUUUUGGUCCUUCCCGUUGUGAGCCACAUUAUUGGUGAAAAAGGAAUCAUAUGCGUCUCAAUCUUGGCAUCCAUUGCUUAUGCUUUGCUUUAUGUUUUUGCAUGGGCUUGGUGGGUUCCUUACUUUAGCUCUUUAUUGGGUGUCAUCUUUGUGAUGGCCAGACCAGCUAUCCAUGCAAUCGUUUUGAGGGCAGUAAUGUCAACUGACCAGGCAACGUCUUUAUGCUUUGCUUGGGACAAAUGCACAGAAGUUCCAAGUUCAGACGAGCGUAAUGAGGAAGCACUACAAGCACCACUACUGACUUAG